AUGCGAAUCCUGCUGAUCGCCUCGCAGCUAUGGCGCCUCAUCAAAACAUCUGGCGGUCGGUUUCACCGCGCAAUCGACGAGCAGCACAAACGUCACGGCCCUGUCUUCCGCGUCUCCCCGAACGAGCUCUCCUUUGCGACCGUGCAGUCGUGGAAGGACAUCUACGGCCCCGCGCCAAGCUCGGGCCGGACAUGCAUCAAGAGCGAGUUCUACAACAUGUACGGCUCGGCCUAUCGGUCAGCGUGCAUUGGCAGCGAGCGCGAUCCCAAGCGACAUGCGGCGAUGAAGAAGAACCUUUCUGCAGCCUUCUCGACGCGCGCCCUGCUCCAGCAGGAGAGCAUCAUCAGGAAGUGCGUUGACGGCUUCGUGCAGCGUAUCGGCGAGCAGCCAGAUGCUCUGAAUAUGACCAAGUGGUACGAGAUGAUUUCGUUUGACAUUCUCGGCGAGAUGGCAUUCGGAGACUCGUUCCACGCCGUUGAGAGCGCGCGCCCGCACUUCUGGUCGGAGCUGAUCGUCGAGCACCUGUAUUUUGUCACCAUCCUCGACAAUUUGCGCCGCUACCCCCUUCUAGUUACACUGGGAAAGCUCAUUUUGCCAUUUGCGACUGUCAAAGUGCGAGACAAGCACUCUGGUUACACAAGAGCUCAUGUCGAACGACGGCUUGAGGCCAAGUCAGCCAGAAAGGACUUCCUAACCAAUAUGGUCGGCAAAGUAGACAGUGGUGAAGUGGACAAGGAAGAAAUGAUCGCUCAUUCAUCGACGCUGGUUAUCGCCGGAGGAGAAACGACGUCAACAUUUUUGGCCGCUACAACAUAUUACCUUUGCAAGACCCCAGGUGCCUACCAAAAGCUUUGCAACGAAAUUCGCGGCGCCUUCGCAAGUUACGAUUCCAUUGAUGCACUGAAGGCGCAGCAAUUGCCGUAUUUGCAAGCCGUCAUUGCCGAGGGCCUGCGCAUGUAUCCACCAGGGUCGCAAGGAUUUCCGCGCAUAUCUCCCGGUGCCCCAAUAGAUGGGCACUGGGUUCCUAGAGGAGCGGAAAUUUACACCAGUGCCUGGACCGUCACACACGACGAGAAGAACUUCCACGAGCCAAUGGAAUUCAAACCCGAACGUUGGAUCGAUCUAGAGUGUACUGAUGAUAAGGAAGCUAGCCAGCCGUUCUCACUGGGUCCUCGCGGGUGCCUCGGGAGGAAUUUCGCGUACGUUGAGAUGAACCUGAUCCUCGCAACGCUGUUUUGGAAGUACGAUCUGGAGCUUUUAGACGAAUCGUUAGACUGGGAAGGCCAGAGCCACAUCCACAUCAUGUGGUGGAAGCCCGAACUUCGUAUUCGUGUGCUUCCGAGGAAGGCCGAAUAA